AACCCAAACCGACAUUAACCGGUUAUCUAUCUGAAAUCCAUCUCGGUUCAUUAAAACCCGACUUUUCCAAGAGCCCGACUUCACCGAACAAUCUCUAUCUCCGGUCAUGCCUCCAUUACCGUCCUCCACGGCGCCUUCGUCUUCGAGACAUCUUCGAUCGCCGGAAAGUAUCGCGAAAUUUGCAGGGAGAGCAAUAUUUCCUGCUUUACAGGGGAAAUCGUGUCCGAUAUGCCUCGAAAAUCUAACCGAGCGAAGAUCCGCCGCCGUGAUCACGGUGUGCAAGCACGGAUACUGCCUUGCUUGUAUUCGGAAGUGGAGCAGCUUCAAGAGGAAUUGUCCUCUUUGUAACACUCGUUUUGAUUCCUGGUUUAUCGUUAGUGAUUUUGCUUCUAGAAAAUACCAUAAGGAGCAAUUACCAAUUCUUCGUGAUCGUGAGACUUUAACUUAUCAUCGGAAUAAUCCUUCCGAUCGCCGGAGGAUAAUUCAAAGGUCGAGGGAUGUUUUGGAAAACUCUAGCUCAAGAUCAAGGCCAUUGCCAUGGCGGAGAUCAUUUGGACGACCAGGUUCAGUUCCUGAUUCUGUUAUCUUCCAGCGAAAGCUUCAGUGGCGAGCUAGCAUAUACACUAAGCAAUUACGAGCUGUUCGAUUACAUUCAAGGCGCUUGGAACUAAGUUUGGCGGUGAAUGAUUACACCAAAGCAAAGAUAACUGAAAGAAUUGAGCCAUGGAUUAGAAGAGAGCUUCAGGCAGUCCUUGGAGAUCCUGAUCCCUCAGUUAUUGUUCAUUUUGCGUCAGCUCUUUUCAUCAAAAGGCUUGAGAGAGAGAAUAAUCGACAAACCGGGCAGACCGGGAUGUUGGUGGAAGAUGAAGUCUCCUCUCUUCGAAAAUUCUUGUCUGAUAAGGUGGAUAUAUUUUGGCAUGAACUAAGAUGUUUUGCGGAGAGUAUACUCACGAUGGAGACUUAUGAUGCAGUGGUUGAAUACAAUGAGGUGGAGUAAUAGCAGUAAAAAAAACAGAUAACCGAGCACUAUGCUCUCGUCAAAUGAAGUAAAUAGACAGACUUACAACGCGACUGUUGGUGUCUUGGAAGUUCAAUAGUGGAAAGACUGGACCAAGUAAGAGAAACCAAGAGUUAAAGAGUAGGUAGGAGGAAGAUGUUGAGAUGAUGCAAGUUUAGGUGUGGAGUUAGUUUUGAGAUAGCUAUAGGUGGAUUCUCAAAUAGCUGACACUUAGUCUCUCUACUUCCAUAAUGUACGUCUCUUCUAUACCAAAAAUUCUCACCCCCAAAGUUUCUUUCCAACGCUUUUCCUCACCUCAUCAUUUUUUCUUACGUUUCGAGUACCACCUAUUUCAACAACAUUAAAUAUUUUCUAUAAUUUGACUAUCAAUUUUUAAUAAAUUAAAACUAU